GGGUGUUCGCCGACGGCUACUCGCGCGUGGGCUGCGAGGUGGACGCGGCGCCGCAGUCCGAGCGGGUGUAUUUCAAGGACCACGCCUGCGGGAACGUCUCCUCCUGCCGCCUCCUGAAGCUGCCCAUGCAGCCACGCCUGUGCUUCGACUUCUGCCGCACCCAGGAGACCGCCCACUUCUUCGGGCUCGUGCACGGCCGCGACUGCUACUGCGGCACGUAUUUCCAUGCGCACUCCACAGGCACCCUCGGGCACGACGCGAGGCGGAGGAAUGGGAGGGCGACGCCGAGGAGAUGUGCGGCGGCAAGGUCAAGAGCAGCCUCUUCGAGAUGCACUCGUGCGGCGACAGCAAGGAUGAGGCCGACAUCGCCCUCGAGGCCGGCGAGGGCGCCGCGGCGGAGGGCGCGGCCGCGCUGGCGCUGGCCAACCAGACCGUCGCCGGCCUCCGCGGCCUCGCCAGUGCGUGGCAGCUGCAGGUCUGCUCCGUGGAGCCGGAGGGGCAGCGCGUCUGCGGCCUCACGGGCGCGCUGGGGGCGGCGGCGGGCGGGCUGGCGGAGGUCGCCGCCAGCGCCGGCCACGCUAGCAGCCUGCUGGCCGGCCAGGUGGCCACGCUCGCUGAGAGGAAGUCGCUGCUGGACGCCGAGAACGUCACGGCCCUGAGCCAGCUGGAGCUGCUGAGCGAGGAGGUGCUCACCAGCGCUGGCAAGGUCAGAGGCGAGGUGGCGGUCGCCAACGGCACCAUCAACGCGCUCGCGGGCCCGAUGCGGGACGGCACCAGGCCGCCCGAGACCCGGGCCACGGCCGUCUCGAAGACGAGCACGCUGCAUGCGGGGCCCCGCGCCGAUCCAAGAGCUCCGCGCGGAGCUCGGACAGUUUCGGCUCCUGUGGUUUUCGUUGCUCCCCUCAGGCCGCUCGAGACCUGGGCCACGAACUUCGCCAGCAUGAGCCCGCAGGACAACUGGAGCGCCGUCUGCGCCCUGGCCGCGCUGCCCGGCAGGGCCUUCGCGGCCAUGGCCGAGGGCCAGCAGCCCCGGUGUGCCGCGCGCUGCAUGGACCUGGGCGUGUCGGGAGGGUGCGUGGCCUUCAACUACCAGGAGAAGGACGGCUUGUCUGCCUGCCAGUUGCUCAGCGGAAUGGGGGUGGUCGAGCCGAAGGAUUCCCUGCUGGCGAAGGUGCCAAUCUUCGAGGUCUCCGACACGAAGCGGGGGCAGCUGGGCAUUCAGAGCAUGGGCUGCUACGCGAGCCGCGCCUUCCUGGCGGGGCACCCGCGGGGCCCGCUCACGUACACGGUGAUCCGCAGCGUCACCGCUUCGGCCGGGCGCUGUUCCUGGUGGCCCGCCCUCGAGUACGGCAGCGCCAUGUCGCUACCUCCGGGGUGGCAGCAGCACACCGACCCAGGAAGUGGGAGGACUUUCUUCCACAAUGCCACCACUGGUGAGAUGUCGUGGACAGCACCGGACGCGGCAGCGGCCGCUGCUGCCGCGGCCAGCGGUGCGGCCGCUGGUGCAGCUGCCAGCGCUGCCGCUGGCGCGGCUCCUGGUGCGGAGCAGCAGUUGCAGGCGCAGCAGGCGCAGGCGCAGGCGCAGGCGCAGCAGCAGCUUCCGCCGCAGGCGCAGCAGCAGCUCAUGCAGCUGCAGCAGCAGCUGCAGCAGCAAUUGCUGCUGCUCCAGCAGCAGCUGAUGCAGCAGCACCAGGCUGGCCAGAUCUCGCAGGAGCAGCUGCAGCAGCUGCUCCAGCAGCAGCAGCAGGCCGCCGCGCUGCAGCUGCAGAGGCAGGCCGCCGCGCUGCAGCAGCAGGCAGCCGCCGCUGGCGCGCAACAAGCGCAGUCCGGGCUGACGCCGCAGCAGCAGCAGCUGCUGCUCCAGCAGCAGCUCCUGCAGCAGCAGCAGCAGCAGCAGCAGCAGCAGCAGCCGCCACAGCAGCCGCAGCAGCAGCCGCAGCAGCCGCAGCAGCAGCAGCAGCUGCCUCCGCAGCAGGCGCAGCAGCCCGCGCCGGGCCUGAGCCAGCAGCCGGCGUGGAUUCAGCAGGUCCUGCAGCAGGCGGCCACGGAUUUUUGGGCGGCCACCGUGGAUCCCCUGCGCGGGGCGGCCUUCCAAGGGGGCGGGACGGAGGGCUUCCCAGGAGGGGCCGCCCCGUGGAAGGCCGCACGGCCCGCGCUGUUCUGA